AUGGACUGCCGUGGCGACGAGCUCAUCCAACACAAUAACAGAACAGCGGCACAAGCUGUGCCUUUUCAAUACCUCAUCAACGAACAGGCAAAGUCUAUCCUCGCUCUACAGGAAUUACAGAAUGAGGUCGGCGCGCUGUUGGAGUUUAGGGACAUGGUCAUGGACACAUUCCCGCACCUGCGUCACAAGCAGGCGUCCAGCCCGGAGCCGAGCUCGGGGUCGCAGGGCGUCGGUUCCGGCGAGAGCCGCUGGGAGCCCGGCGUGCGGGUCCGCCGGAAAUUGCAGGGCUCGUCGUCGGGAUGGAUCGCCGGCGGGGGCGGAGGUGGAGGAGGCGGAGGCGGUGGCGUCGUCGGACUGGUGGCUGCGGCCGGGACGGCACCACGCAGCCGGAGCAACAGCCACGGGAAGGGUCCGAAGAGCGGUGAACCGGCGGCCGCUUCGUCGGUGGGCACCGUGCAGGACAGUGGCUUCUGCACGGAGAGCAAGGACAGCAGCUCGACCAGCUCGAGGACGACGAUGACCACCAAAAACUGCGACGGCAAGGACGACGAGGACGACGAGCUGUGGAGCCUGCUGGAGAUGAUCCAGGACAAGGGCACCAAGCUCAAGCUGGAGGUGGAGUCGCUGCAGAACCGGCUGCUGGUGGACGACGAGCGGCUGCGGCGGCGUCGGCGCCGGCAGCGGUUGCGGCCGUGCCGGAGCGUCGACGACCUGCUGCAGCCGUCGUGGCCGCGCGACGCCGAUGACCUGCGCGCCCGCGGCUGCACCGCCGAUUACGACGUGUUCCGGGCGCACGUGGCCAACGUGAAGCGCGAACGGGACGCGCUGCUCGACCGGGUCACCGAAAUGGAAGCGGAGAGCUUGUCGAACGCGGCGCAGAUCCACCGGCUGCUAGCCGAGCUCAAGACUGUUGUGUGCGAGAACAGAGAACUCGAGGAACGGCUCUGCGGCGGCAAGUCGCCGUCGGCCGCCGCCGCCAUAGCAGCCGCGACCAUCGCGUCGAGGAAAUCGUCAUCUAGUCAUAACGGCGGCUUCGCCCCGGUCCAGCCCGAAUCGUCUACGGGGCCCAGCUCGUCGUCGGCCGGCCGCGACGCGUUCUACACGCCCAGUCAACAUUCGGCGUGCAACCUGUCGUCCAUCGAACUGCAGUGCGACAAACUGUUGCACGACGGUUCGUCGUCGUCCGCGUCCUGCGCGUCGCUGUCUUCUUCAUCAGCCAUCAUGGACGAUGGCGGCGGCGAGCGGGAUCGGGACCGCCACCGGUCCAGGAGGGUCCUGCUGGUCCGGCCUUCCGACCCAAUUUCCCGGAACCUGGAGGGCCGCGCAUCGUCUCCGGCGCUGGACAUCGGCUCGCCGACGUUCGCUAAGCGGCUGGGCGCCCUGGACGGCGUGGUCAGCAGUCCCGGCGACCGGAUCGGCAAACCCCACGCGCCCGGGUUCGGCACCCCGUUGCCCAAAAGAACCCUGGCUGCCAUACUGAAAACGUUCAAUCCCAUCGAACUCCAGAGACACCUCAUCACCGUAUCCUACGAGAACAAGAACCUCGUCCGUCAGAUGGAGAUGUUGAACAUUUCCAAGAGCGACGUUUCCAACGAGCUGAACAAGAGCAAAGAGGACAACGAAGAACUGAAAUUCCAACUGGAGGAGAAGCGCAUCGAGCUGGAGGGCACCAUGGCCAGGGUGAGGUUGCUGCAGUUGCACCAGGAGCAGCAGCAACACGGUCCCGUGGUCGCGGGAUCGCAGUCGACCGGCACCGCGGCCACGGCCACCAACCAGUGGCUGGACCUGGUGCCGUCGAACCCGAUCCUACCUCAGAUCGCGUUGCCGGGAACGCCGUCGGCGGCGGUGUCCGCCAACGGCAACAAUCUGCACCUGCACCAGCACCUCAACCACAGCCAGGACGAGAACGGCGGCAGCAGCAGCACCGAGUCGGCGCACCAGACCCGCAGUGGCGGCAGACACGGCGUGCAGCAUCAGCCCAGCAAGAUACCGGUGGUCAAGCCGACGUCGUGCCCGGUGCAGUCGAGGCCGUCGUCGUCGUAUCGCGGCAGCGACGCUCAGCAGUACCAAUCGUGGACCAAAUGCAAGUCGGACCAAUCGUUGCCCCGCAACUGGGAGUCCAUCAACAACAACAACAGCCACAACAAGAGCAACGGCGGAUCGUCCAUCGGCAGCGGCGUCGGCGGCGCGGCCGUCAAACAGCUGCGCGGCGGCAACAGACUCGACUCGUCGCAGUACCAGCAGCACAGGUCCCGAAGGGAUUCGGGCGGCGGAUCGUCCCUGACGAGAGCUCGGUCGCAAAAUAAUCACUCGCACCGGGGCGGCGCGGCCAAAGAAUUUGUCGGCAGGACCGCGUCGUCGUCCGCGGCCGCGGGUCAUCAGCUGCAGCAGCUGCAACAUCAACAACAACAGCCGACGGCCGACGAUACCAACAAGGUACGGCCGACCAAGAGAUUCACCAACAUGUUUAACAGUUGGAUGCGGAAAUCCUAA